UUUCUCUCUUCGAGUGGCGACCGCGAGGAGAGGUGCGAGUACUCAGCAAUCCAAGCACAAGUGCUGGAGGCUGGCUUGUCUUAUUUCACGAGGUAGAAUAGUGAAUACGAGAGCUUGGAGAGAGGUAUCAAGAUAAUCCAUACAGCUUCUGCACACAAAGUGUCGAUGGACGCGCGCGUACAGUCAUCCUAGGUAGCACCACCACCUUUCGCCAACGGCAGCUAGCACGACAUGGGCGGAGCUAGAGACCAUCACGCGCAUCAUGUGCAUGCGCACGGACAACAAGGUCACUCGCACUCGCAGCAGCACCAUUCUGCGCCGCACGAGCCAUCUACCUCGUCCUCAUCAGGCUUGCCGCCCGCACCGACCAAAUUUGACGCCAGCCAGGCACAGGCCUGCAGGUUGCAGGAUGCAUAUUGGAGUGAUGAUGAGGAGGACAUGGACUGCCCGUUGUGCUUGGAAGAGAUCGACCUGUCCGAUGUAAACUUUAAGCCAUGCCCAUGUGGAUAUCAGAUCUGCCGUUUCUGCUGGCAUCACAUCAAGCAGAAUCUCAAUGGUCGUUGUCCAGCAUGCAGGCGCAAGUACUCAGAUCAGACUGUCGAGUUCACACCAAUGAGUGCCGAAGAGAUCAAACGACUAACGCAAGCCAAGAAGCAAAAAGAGAGGGAGAAGAAGGAGCUAGAGCAGAUGAAUCGGAAACACUUGGCCAACAUGCGAGUCGUACAGAAGAACCUCGUUUACGUCACCGGCCUCAGCUCGAAACUGGCAAAGGAAGAGUUGAUACCGACGCUUAGGUCGCAAGAGUACUUUGGGCAGUACGGACGCAUCUCCAAGAUCCUGAUCAGCAAACGUACGACGGCGAGCAAGCUUGUCAUGGGAAUGCAGGAAAGCGCCAUCGGAGUGUACGUCACGUACUACCGCAAAGAGGACGCAGCGCGCGCGAUCGUCGCGAUCGACGGGACAAAGGGCUCCGACGGGAAGCUGAUCCGCGCCAGCUAUGGCACAACCAAGUACUGCACGACGUACUUGCGGAACCUCCCCUGCACCAAUCCUGCUUGCACAUACCUGCACGAACCAGGUGAGGAGGCAGACAGCUUCACUAAGGAGGACCUCAGCACGCUGCGGCAUGCUGCCAAGGAUAGCGAACGAAAGGCGUCUCGGCCACCACUCAUGGCAACAGCGGUAGCGACGGGGUCGGAGCGCAAAGACUCGGUAUCGUCGAGUAGUGGCCACCACAGUACGCACAUUGGCGGAAGCACAGCAAUGCCAGCGAGCGGCCAAGCAGCCAACCAUACCGCGAGCAUCACACUGGGCUUGAAUGAAUCGGAAGGCGGCAGCAGCGCCCUGCCCAAGACAGCCUCGUGGGGCUCAACAGGCACGGGCGUGCCGCCUAUCAAACCCCCCUCCUUGACAAACGGCAUAGCGAUCACUCCAACGGGACUGCGCGAGCAGGACCUGCCGCCGCUGUCGGCACUGAUCACCCAGCAGACCUCUCAAGUGCAGCAACAACAGCAACAACAAGUUUCCAAGAAGAACAAGCAACAGCAGCAGCAGCAGAAUACCACUGGGAAGAAACAGGCGGCUGGAGAUGCAGCGGCAGCGGCAGCCUCCGUAGCGGCUGCGGCUACUACCAGCCCAGAGCCUACCUCUUCAGCGCCAGCUUCGGCGCUGGUACCAGCGCAGAAGGACAUUGCUGGGCUCGCUGAUACUGCGAAAGCAUCGCCGCAAGCAACGUCCGCGAAGCUGACCCGGACCGAUAGUUCACGUGGCAGCAGCACGCCAGUCGGGCCGCCGCCUGGCCUGGCGGCACCGCCUGCCGCCACUGCUGGUGAGGCAGAUGCAAAACAGUCAAAGGACCAGAAGGCGAAGGACAAGGACAAGGCGAACGGAAAAGACGAUGCUUUGGCGCUUGCACAAGGGAAGGAGAAGGACUCGGCGGAGGACCCAAAGUCGAAAGCGUCGGGCUACCAGCCUUCCUCGAAAGCGCAGGCGCUCAUAGACGACUUGCACCAGCGCCGCAGUGCGCCUGUGCAGCCGAGCCCGUUCCCAGACCUGGACGAGAUUGUACUCGGAAGCUUCUCCAAUGGCGACUUCAGCUUCAACCUCCCAGACACGCUCGCGUCUGGUGCAUGUACAGGUGCUGGUAUCGGCAGCGAUUCUAUCAGAGGCUUCGGCGGUGUCGGUGUCGGCAUUGGAAGCGUCACUGGCCCCGGCAUGGGCACAGCGUUACCUGCAUUUGCGCCGUUUGCGCUGGCAGGAGGAGUAGGGUACAGUGCAGCAUGCGGCUUGAUGGAUCUCGGGAUUGGCUCGCCGAUGUUGACAGCGGCAGGAGGCGUGGGUGCCGCAGCGCAUGGGUAUGGCGGUGCUAGGCGCGCUGCUGCGUAUUCGGGCUCGUUUGAUCCAUUUGCUUCAGCUGAAGAUUCCAAGGGCGCGCCUUUCGCCGCUAUCGACGAGAUGAAGCGGAAUCUGUCUGACGAGCGUGGCAUCGCUGCUGCUGGAAAUGGUGCCGGUGGCGCCGCUGGAGGGACCACAUCGGACGAUGACCGGGCCGGUAGCGAUCAGGGCAAGCGCGGCUCUCGCUUCAGCUUCACACGGAAGCGAGAUGAUCAAGGAAGCGACAAUUCUUUCGCCACGAGCGCGCUCAACGCUAGCUUACCCAGCCUCACCGCGUCUGCCACCUCCGCCGCUUCCUCACCGGCUCUUGACACAUCGCCGUACUCGAACGGCGGGCGCGGAGACUCGUUCCUUAAUGGUAGUAACAACGGCAGUUCGAGUGCCGCGUCGGAGAGUCAGGAUGCUUCCACUCUUUCGCGUAACUUCAUGAGUAGCGUACUUGGGCUCAAGACGGAUGUGACGAACGUACAGGAAGCUGGGCAUGGCAGCAGUGCGCUGAGCAACGACAGGCCCAGCAGCGCCGGAUCUCACUCGCAGCCUCACUCGGGCUUCCCAGCCCAGCGUUCGGUCGGUCCGCACCCGCAGCAAGUAGCCAAUGGCACACGCAGCUGGCAGGAGCAGCAGGCGGCACAAGCGCAACAGCAGCACACAGCUGCGCGGAUGGCGGCCUACCCGCAAGCGUAUGAACAGCAGCAGCAGCAGCGGCAGCCUCAGCAGCAUCCACGCGAGCGUCAGCAGCCUCUUCUUGCUCAACUCAUGGCGUCGGCCAGUCAGCGCCGCGCGGAAAAUGGACAUCAUGUGUUUGGAAUGCCCGGUCAGCACGCUUUUGGCAAUGGCGCUGGCUUGAACGACAUGCCCUUCUAUGAUCCUUCCAUCAUGUCCAUUGCGCGCGGUCCUCAACAGCAGCAGCAACCCCCGCAUCUCGGCGCCUUCCGACCGAUGCCAGGUGCAGCCGCUUAUGACUUCCACGCUCCGCCCGGAUUCGCGCCGCGCAAUCAGACUCAGCGCCCGCACGAUCGCAGUCCGUUCACGCUAUCAUGACAUGAACCAUCUCGCUCUCUCGGCCCCGCCUUCGUGCACACUUCCAAUGUACCAUAGUUCGCUCAAAGAUCUUCACUCUUGAUCCAGUAUAUACGAAUUGGCAAUGGAAGAAAAGCUGAUUC